AUGCAGCGGCAGCAUGCUGCUGCUAUGCUACCCUUCGAGCAGCAGCAAGAAUGUUUAAGACUUCGAUGGCUUUCUCUUGCUGCUGCUGCUGUUGCUGCUGCUGCCCUUCUGUCUCAGUUAUUUCCCUUGCUGCUGCGGUGUCUGUGGCCCUUCUUGCGCCUCGUUAUUUCUCCUUUCUUUCCCUCAAAGAAGCAGCAGCAACAGCAGCAAGAGCAGCAGGAGCAGCAGGAGCAGCAAGUACAGACCACCUCUGAGGGUAGCCCCACAGACUGCGCUGUCUCUGACAGCAGCAUUGCCCGUUGCAUGCAGUUAAAGAGACAGCAGCAGCAGCAGCAGAAGCAGCAGCAGAGGCAGCAGCAACGACACUGGCACUGGCGGCACCUGAAGCAGCACCAACAAGAGGAGCAGCAGCAGCAGCAGCAACAGCAGCAGCUAAAUAGCUGGAUGCAUCCAAGGAGUCUCUUCUGUCGUGAUAUGCUGCUAAGGGCUGCCCCUGUCUCUGUGUCUCCCCACAGCCGCAGCAGCAGCAGCAUCCAUUCGCCUCUACCCGAAGAGCAGCAACAGCAGCAGCAACAGCAGCAGCAACAGCAGCAGCAACAGCAGCAGCAACCACAACAGCUGGAUCAGCAUAAAAAACAGCGAGAAACGGCUGCAGAGUCACAUGCACCUGUGGCGUCGUCGCUAGAGCAGCAGCAACAGCAGCAGCAGCAGAAGCAGCAGCAAACAGCAGGUGCAUGCGAGAACACAGCCAGCUGCUGCUGCAGCAAGUGCUGCUGUCCCCAUAAAGGAGAAACAAAGAGAGUUGGGGGAUUAGUAAAACGCAGAAGCAGCAGCAACCUGCUGCUGCUGCAGGACAGCAGCAACAGCAACAGCAACAGCAAUUUGUGGUAUGGGAGCGGCCGAGCAGCAGCAGCAGGAGCACCUGCUUUCUCCCCUGUAUUAUCUCGUCCUCCUGAAGGACCUCGCCACCCUCAUGCAGUGGCAGCAGCAGCAGCAGCAGGAAGAGGAGGAGGAGGAGGGUUUAGGAGGAGAGCAAAAUACUUUUAUAUUGGAGACUCUAAGAACUCGUCAGAUGCAGACAGCAGCAGCAGCAACAGCAGCAACAGAAAUACAUUAAGGUACGGAGGGAACAGCGACAGCGACAUCAGCAGCAGCAGAAGCAGCAGCCUCAGGUGCAGCAGCAAUAGCAGCAGAAGCAGCAGCAACAGCGGCAGCGGCAGCAACAGCAGCAGAAGCCGCAGCAGCAACACUUCACGUUGCGGCAGCCCUCAACAAUUGACAGCAGCGGGCAGCCAAAGCCUCCUUGGUAACGUGGCGCACAGACAGCAGCAGCAGCAGCAGCAGCAGCAGAAGCAGCAGCAGCAAAGGCACGGACAAACGGAGCUGCCAGAGCAGCAGCAGCUGCAGCAGCUGCAGCAGCAGAGGCAACAGCUGCUAAGGCGGCUGCAGAGGAAAGGUGAGUGGUUAGGAGACCGGCGGGGUUCUUCGCUGCAGCAUACGGAGCAGCAGCAGCAGCAGCAACAACAACAGCUGCAGCAGCAGCCACUGCAGCAACAACGGCUGCAGCAGCUGCAGCAGCAUACAGAGCAGCAAAUGCUGCAGGGAGAGGAAGCAGAGAGACGAAGGCAAACAGAUAGACUUAAAUCGCUGCUGCUGCAGGAUAAGCAAACAUUAUUGAAGCAAGAACCUAAACCCUAA